UGAUACAGAGCGGGUCGUUACGAAGACAAACCCGGAAAUGAGUGUUUUGGUUUUGUGUCAGUUGAUUCUCUUCGUUGGAGAACCAAAAAAAGUAAAACAACUCAAAUUUAAUCGGUCAUUGUUGAUUAACCAUCGGUGAUUUUGACUGCACAUUUGUGUAAGAUUUCUCAUCCAGCUCAGAUGGAGGAGCUCUACACCUUAGAGAAGGAGGUCGGACGAGGCAGCUACGGUGUGGUCUUCGAGGGACAUAUGACCAAAACAGGACAAAGGGUGGCCAUCAAACGGUUGCCCUGCAGCAAUCCAGAGUACAUUGAGCUUUACCUGCAAGAGCUGUGGGCCAUGAGAGCCACGGCCAAGAACCACGUCAACGUCAUCGCACUGCACGGUUGCCUCCUGCAGAACGGCCCGCGCAGCCUGAAGCCCCUCAAACCAGGGAAGCUGCCGUUGUCUCUGGUGGAGAGUGUGUUGAAAGGCGGUGUAGUUGAAGCACCAAAGAGUCAGGACCAUGAACACAUCCAGUCAAACUCUCAGAGGAGAACAAAUUCUGCUGCCAGGCUUCAGGACCGGACAAAUACUGCGCAGGCCAGAGCGAAGCUCCAGGACAAGGCGGCUGAAUCUGCAACUCCGAGCAGGUCGCAAAACAGAGCCCGAAAGAGACUGGCCCCGAGAGAGGAUGAGCAGCCAGGACCUCUGCGCUACUUGGCCCUGUGGCUCGUCAUGGAGUACUGCGACGGCGGUGACCUAAAUCACUAUCUUCUCUCACAGACCCCAAAUGAACAACGUAACCACAGAGUGGUGUUACAGCUGUGCAGUGCUGUGGCCUUUCUCCACGGCCUGGGGAUCACGCACAGAGACCUGAAGCCGGACAACGUGCUGGUGUGUGUCACAUCGAAAGGUCCAGUAGUCAAGGUGGCCGACUUCGGUCUCAGUAAGAUGAGCGGUCUGGCGGAUGGGGAUUUGACCCGGCAGCAUUUCUCAUCCACCUGUGGCUCGGACUUCUACAUGGCUCCAGAGGUGUGGGGCGGACUGACCUACACAGCCCAGGCGGACAUCUUCUCCCUGGGUGUGAUGUUCUGGGCAGUUCUGGAAAGAAUCACCAUUGUGGAAGAAGGGACCUCACAGGAGCAACUGGGUGCCUACGUGUGCAAGGGUCGCUCGGGCUGGCUGAUGCCGCUGGGGGAAGCCCUUUGGGAAAACGCCGACCUGCAGCUCAGUAUUCCGAUGAAGUUUAAGAGGGCACCCUCACUGCCACCCCCUCCUGGUCCGUCCAUGUGCUCCCUGCUUUUAGACAUGCUCGCCUCGGACCCAGAUGCUCGGCCUCUCGCAAACCAGCUGGAAGCCAGAGUGCGAUCUGCUCUCAGAGAGGAGUCCCACUGACACAAAGUGCUUUUUACGGCCUCAUCCGCUACACGGCCCC